AUGUCGUUCCUAAAAUUCCUCUCAAAUGUGUUUGGGAUCACAUAUGUAUGCUUAUGGAGUUCAGCGUUCUACCCAACAUUGUUGAUGAACUAUAAAUUGAAAUCCUCUGACGCGAUCUCUCUUGACUCAUUGUUGCUAAAUGUCAUUGGUUAUUUCUCUUACUUCAUCACCAUUUAUCUCCAGUUAUUUGACACAAAUGUGAUUGCCGAUUAUGAAAAAGUAUAUAAAACCAAGCCAAUCUUAUCGAUGAUUGAUUUUGGUUACGCUCUUCAUUGCCUACUUUGUAUAACUGUCACAUUUUUCCAAGUGGUUUAUUAUCGUGUGUUGAAAUUGAAAUCGUACCAUGAUCCAAGCACUAGAGCCCAUAAUCCUGGUGAUGCGAACAGGUUUUCCAUAACAGGUGAUCUCAAAUACAUUGUUAUCGUGCUUAGGAAAAUCAAUAUUAGCACAAAAUACUCAAUCAUCAUAUUGUUAAUAUUCUUAGGUACUUGCUUGUACAGGGCGUUCAUCACGGAGUCAUUGCCGUUAUUGUUCCUUACAAAAAUUUUGACCAUGGUCAAACUCUUUAUCAAUUGCAUCAAAUUUGUUCCUCAAUUACUAUUAAAUUACAAGAACAAGUCUGUCAAAGGUUAUCCUUUCCUUGCGAUAUAUCUUGACCUAGCGGGUGGGAUGAUGUCGUUUUGCCAAAUCAUUCUUGAUAAUUAUAUGAUCUUGUUGCAAUGGAAAAGCGAAAGACCGAUAAACAGAAUGGGGAUAGAAAUUGAUCACAGUUUGCAUUUCAGCUUUUUCGACUUUGUGAAAAAGAAUUUCGCCAAAUGUGGGCUUGUCUUGGUGGGUUUCUUUUUUGAUUUCUGUUUCUUGAGUCAAAAAAGGAUGUAUGAAAAGAACAAUGAUUUAUUACCGAGCAAUUACAAUGACGGCUCUGUUGAACUCAAAACACUCAAACGUGAGAAGUCGUAA